GAGCUCUCAGCGCGCCUCUAACUCCCCCUGCUGGUUGAAGUGGAGUAUUACAUCCAACAUGGCGGCCCCCGUCAGGACGCUGUGCUGCUCAGUGUUCAGACUCUCCGGCAGACAGUUCAGCACAACGGGUGGAGUUCAGGGGGGCCAGAAGUGGAGGAAAGAACAUGGCCUAGCCAGAACCGGUUCAGAGUACGGUCCUCUGACAGAUCUGCCUGACUGGUCUUUUGCAGACGGACGUCCAGCUCCUCCCCUGAAGGGCCAGCUGAGGAGGAAGCAGGAGGGAGAAGUUCUGGCUAGGCGGAUCGUGCGGCUCGACUCGGAGGUGGACGCAGGAGUUCAGAAGUUCAAGGAGAAGCAGGAGGAGGCCGAACGGACGCAGCAGCUGAAAGAGUCGCUUCUGCUCAAACCCAAAGGGAAUCAUCUAACAAAGAAAAAGGCUCAGAGUUAGAAGAGAAAUGUAGAUAUUCAGUCUGAAUAUAUUUAUGUCAACUUGUUUUUUUGUUUAAUAUUCCUGCAAUGAAAGUUUGUAUAUACCUCAAACACGGAGCUGUUGUCAAU